AUGGCUUUUCUUGUUACCUCCCUAAUCUUCGCUGUGGUCGGAAUCAUUGCUUCAAUAUGCACUAGAAUCUGCUUCAACAAAGGCCCCUCCACCAAUCUGCUACAUCUUACCUUGGUCAUUACAGCCACUGUCUGCUGUUGGAUGAUGUGGGCAAUUGUAUACAUUGCACAGAUGAAGCCUCUCAUUGUCCCUAUCCUAAGCGAGGUAGAGUAG